AUGGUUACGCUUUUUGAGAACUCCAAUCCGUACGGUGCGCUGAAGAAGUUGGAAGAAGAGGCUAAAACGAUCCAGCAGGAAGAUGAGCAGGAACACCUAAAGUUGGUGAAGAAGACAAUGGAAAGGAAGCUUCAGGCAGAGUACUGGAAGAAGAAGUGGGAAAAGAAGCGUCAGGGAGAAGAUUCAGAGUUAGAGAGAGGACCAAUGGUGACAGACUAGGAGAUGGAAAUCUGGGCUAAGGAGGAAGAGGAUGAAGCAGAGAAAGAAGAUGGAAAAUUUUGGGGCAUCAAGGACAAGAUAUCCCACUGGGAGGAGCAGAUAAUCCUCUCUACCACUGCCGCCAAGUACUGGGAGUUGAUGUAUGGUUAUCUAGGUUUAUCUAAUUAA